UGCGUCACCUCACAGGCUCGGGUUGUGCGUCUUCGUUCUGCCAGCAAAACAUGCCAACAGAGCCUCCCUUCCAGUCCACCACAGCCCGGGAUAAGGCAGACCAGCCUGAGCGGUCCGUUUGUCCACUUCGCAAACGCCAAGCAGACCGCUCCCUAUCCUCCCGCCCCCCGCAUCAUCAGCGUCAAACAUUAUCCAAGCCACAUCGUCAAAGAGCCAAAGCAGCCAUCAUGCUUGCAAAGUCCAACCCAUUCCGCCGCGAGGGCCACCCUGCAAACCCGCAGCCACGGCUCGAGCAGCCACCGUCACAGAUCGCCGACUAGCGCCCUCGCAUCCGAGCAGGGCACCACCCGCGCGGCGUGCAAGACAGACUGAAAGAGAAAUACCCAAUCAAGAUGGAAAUCCGAACUGCCCCUUGCACACAUGGACACAGGGAGGCCCAUAGUUCAACAGCAGUCAGGUCCGCUGACAGGGCGUGCCGGAAGAAGGAAGAAGGGAAGU